CAUUUCCUCCCUUACACCCCCCCAAACACCGAUUUACGCGAGUCGCGUCCCCUUGGAUUUCGAAUCGCCGGAUUCUUCUGGUUCUUGAGAAACCCCUAUAAACAAGAAGAAGAAGAGGAAGAUUUGGAGGUUGAGGAACGAAUCCACGACUGUUUUCGAGUUUAUUUUUUUGGUGGGAUGAUUGUGAGUCACAAGAUGAUUACAGAGACGGAGUUUAUGCGUUUUCAGGUAACCGAAUCGAUUUCUGCGUAUAUCUCCCGUUUCGAAUCGGUUGUUACUUCCUCGGAGACAAUUGAAGAUGCUGUCCUCGAGACAUCUGCUGUCAAAUUUGUCCCAAGAAUUCGUUCUGGCAGCUAUGCUGAUAUUGGUCGGAGGAGGUCCAUGGAAGAUGAACACAUUAGAGUUGACGAUUUAUCUGGCCAUCUGGGCUCUCUCCUGAGAUGUGCUAUGCCAAGUGCUUUCUAUGCAGUUUUUGAUGGUCAUAAUGGUCCUGAUGCAGCAACUUAUAUCAAGAGGAAUGCUAUGAGAUUAUUUGUUAAAGAUGCUGAAUUGCCACAAAUAGCUGAUAUUGAUGCUGAUUUCUUGAAAAAGUUGGAGAGUUCUCAUAAGAAAGCGUUUUUACUCGCUGACGAUGCCUUGGCUGCUGAAAGCAGUGUCAGCCACUCAUGUGGAACAACGGUACUGACUGCCUUGGUACUUGGAAGGCAUCUGAUGGUUGCAAAUGCUGGUGAUUGCAGAGCUGUUCUGUGCAGAAAAGGAUCUGCUGUUGACAUGACCCAGGAUCAUAAACCUACAUACUUACCAGAAUGCAUAAGGGUUGAGAAGUUAGGUGGCACCAUUGAUGAUGGUUAUCUGAAUGGGUAUCUCUCAGUCACACGAGCUCUUGGAGACUGGGAAUUGAAACUCCCUCUUGGCAAAGAAUCACCUCUAAUUGCAGAACCCGAUGUUAACCAGGUCAUGUUGACAGAGGAUGAUGAAUUUCUAAUCAUUGGUUGUGAUGGGAUCUGGGAUGUAAUUUCAAGCCAGUCAGCAGUGAGCCUUGUACGCCGUGGUCUAAGGCGGCAUGAUGACCCACAAGAAUGUGCCAGAGAACUAGUCAUGGAAGCAUCCCGCCUGGAUUCAACUGAUAAUCUUACUGCAAUUGUUAUAUGCUUCUCUUCUCCCAGUCGUACUGAGUUGUGUCCUCCCCAGCGGCAAAGAUUCAGGUGCUGGAAUCCCUCUGAUGGGGCCAGGAGUAGGUUGAACAGCUUGUUAGAAGGCAAUUGAAUGUACAGACGACUUCUUCCUCAUUUAAUUACUAUUAUUUCCCAGUAAGAACACAUUUUUGUCUGGUUUUUGGAUGUUUCAGAUAUGUAGUUGGGAAAAGUCAGCCAACAGUUUUGUAGUUCCCAGCUGUUUUUAUAAUUCUAGGAGAGGGCUUAGGCUUCAGGUUAUGUACGGAGUGUCUUUUUAGGAUCACAGUGGCUUGUGUAACUAAUUUUUUAGAUUAUCCAUUGUGGUUCAUUGAAAAAGCAAUUAGCAAUCAACAUUUGCUGUUUAAGUUUUGCCCCUUCUGCUGUACAAGUGUCACUUGCGUUUUUGAGUUUUUACUUGCAUUUAUGUUUAAACCACUUCUGGGAUUUGAUUUGUGAAGCUCUAUUCAAUGGAUGACAGGUUUUUCCCUUUUACCCUGCAAUGAAAAUUUCGGCAAGGGCCUAGGCUAGGCUAAGUUUCAUCCUUUCAGGCUUCAGCUACCCACAGAGGCAAAAGAACCAUUAUCACAUCACCUUAGCAGAAAGCUCAUGCUCCUCGCCCCAUACACAUUCUCCUUGGUCAUGGUAGGGGGUGUGAGGCCACCAUUUUCCAGGGGAAAUCGGCAUUAUCCUCUGCCUCUGACCUCACGUUUUCUGAUUUUGCUCACAUCAGAAAUCUCCAUCAAAGUUCUUUUACUUGAUAAGAAAUGGCACAAGGAAAA